ACAACAAAGAAUGGAUAAAGGAAGGUUUUUGAUGCUAUUGGCGUUGGCUUUGGGCAUAUUGAGCUUGGCUAAUGCUCAAAGUGCCACCAAUGUGAGGGCUACUUACCAUUUGUAUAACCCACAAGACAUCAAUUGGGACUACCUUAGGGCAAGUGUUUUUUGUGCAACAUGGGACGCCAACAAGCCCUUGGAGUUUCGCCGCCGCUACGGUUGGACCGCCUUCUGUGGCCCUGUUGGCCCUCGUGGUCAAGCUUCCUGUGGUCGUUGUUUGAGGGUGACUAACACUGAAACAAAAGCUUCGGAAAUCGUGAGAAUUGUUGAUCAAUGCUCUAAUGGAGGGCUGGAUUUGGAUGUGAAUGUGUUUAGGAGAAUCGAUACUAAUGGAAAUGGAUACCGUCGUGGCCAUCUUAUUGUCAACUAUCAGUUUGUUAACUGCUAAGUUUCUUUCUCUCUGAAAGAAGGAGAAACGGAAAACUAUGUUUUAAUGAAUAAACUAUGAAUAAAGUACGAACAGUUUAAUAUAUCGUUUA